AUGGACAUCUCAGAUAGUCUCCCACCUAUGCCAAUACACUCCCUUAAUCAUUUUUCUCGAGAGACUCGAAACGUUCAACGUUUGAGUGAUUUCUACAAGAAUGUACUGGGUUUCAUCCAACUAUCACGCCCACCAUUCGAUUUCGAGGGUACCUGGCUCGCCAUUCCAAACCUCUACAUACCCACUCCUCAUGAUCCCAGCAACAUGAAACACCCAUCUGCAACAACCGUCUCGCUACACAUUAUGGAGCGUUUGGAAGACAGGAUCCCGGUUAAUGAUUCCGUGUUUGGUGAUUGUGGGAAAUGGAAGUUUGAAACUGGUAUGCCAGAUCCAGUCAAUAUUGGUCGUUCGCAUCAUAUUGCUUUGAGGACUGAGAAUAUGGAGACCGUAUUGAAGAUUCUGGAAGCAAGGAAGAUUCCGUAUAAUCUGAGAGUCAUUCCUGGAUCUGGUGGUGUGAGGCAACUAUUCUUCUAUGAUCCUGAUGGAAAUGGUGUUGAAAUUGGUGAAUUCGCCUUCCUCCAACCAGCUUUUCAAAAGGACGAACUCGUUGAUUCCAAGAUUGAUUUGACUGCCAUGAAUUGA